AUGACGGCCAACUCGGCGGCACCAUUGUCGGUCGACUCGCCUCAAUCGCCUCAAUCGCCUCGAUCAUCUGGCCGUCAUGGCUCUCAGAGCAAGCCCGUCAAGGGCCGGCCGGUAGCCUUGUCCAGGUACCACAUCCAGCAGUGGGCGAACUUUAUACAGCGCUGUCUCGCGACGCGCCUCGAUGUCGACCGCUUUGCUCAAUACGCGCCUCUCCAGCAACGAAAACAUCCCGUCUCAACCACAGUUCUUGCCGACCUGUUUUUGCGACCACCGGCACCACGCGAAGGGCAAAACGGAUUCUCGAUGUCGCUGCUCGCGGCCCAGACCUGCUCCAGCCCCAUUGACCCGCGCAUCCCAGCCUACCUUCAGGUCCUGCUCCAGCUCGGCUAUGUGGACGUGCUGUCCAUUCUGCGCGGCUUAUAUCGCUACUCGACAUCACAAGGAGCACGGAAAGAGGCAGCCGCAACAGCCGCUGCUAUUGGCACGGUACGGGGUAGCAACGGCAACGAAGGCAGCAUCCUCGGCGACAGCAAGGGUGCGAAUGGUGACGGCGCUGGCGAAGACACAGACAUGCUAAACAACGCAAGUAGACGCAGCAGCACAAAGAAGGGCCCUGGCGGCAGUGCUUCUGGUGCUGGACCUGUGCUGUGGGCCAACUCGUACAACAACGAGGAGACGCUGUUCUACCGCAUUAGUCGUGCUGUUCGGCAAGAGGAUGCCAUCCACAGAGGGCGCAAGGCGCUCGCCAUUGCGGCGUGUAUGGCGGCUUGGAUGGAUCUCUUUGUCACUGCUGCAUCCUCCUACGCGUCGGCGACCCUUGGGCCGGCUGACAUCGCCUCCCAACAAGCCCAGCGGCAAGCUGAGAUGGAGGCGUCCCGGGCCGCGUUUGCGAUGCUGCUCCUGGCCGUCUGCGAGAACGAGUCGGUGGUUGCCGCCCUCGCGCAGCCGUUUGCAAAGGGCGUCCGCAGAGUAUUGGCCAACGGCCUCGCCAGCUUCAACCCAACCAUCUCGCUCGGUUCGGCGCCCGUCUCCGCACGUCUCGAGCACUUUCGUACCGUGACGCUUGCGCAGUUCGAACCCGCCGACAAGGGCAAGACCAACAAGGGGCGCGGCAAGCAAGAGGAGCAAAAUACGGCGACCAACGACAUUCACGACCUGCUCGACUCCACCGUGGGCCUGCAGAACUUGGUUGUGCCAGAAAUGCCCAUUUCCAACUCCCGCGCUGGGCUGUACAUCUACCUCAACGCCGUGCUUGUGGGCCGGCCGCUCGUCGACGACGCGACCAUUUUCAGCUAUCUCAACAACCGCUACCAGGGUGAUUUGCAAGCGACUGCCGUCGACCUCAUCCUAGCUUCCUUUGACGUGCUUGCCAAUGCCGUGUUCCGUAGCGAGGGACAGACGUCAGCGCACCUGCUGCGGUCGUACCUGAUCAACAAGGUGCCACUGCUGCUUGCGUCGCUCGCCGCCUCGCCCCUGUAUCCCUUUGAUUCGCAGUACUGCAUCUCCGAGGCCCUGAGUCGCGUCGACACCAAUGCCUUCCCAACCAUGUCGUCCAUGUUCGACGACAACCAGAACGCCAACACCUUUACCGACAGCGUGCGCCAGGACUUUUGCUUCGCGUGUUGUUUGCAUGGCCUGGUCCCGGAGGCUAGCAUCGAGACCUUGCUCGGUGAGAUCACAUACCAGAGCCUGCCAACGGGCGGCCGCUACACCAAGGAGCAGCUCGUACAGCAGUGCCUCGCCGACUCGGAUUACUUGGUGACCUUGGUCGGCCAGCUCGACAACAUGGACGGCAACGUUGGUGCCGUCUGCCAAGCCCUCGUCGCUAUGCUCGGCCAUCUGUGCCGUACCCGCGAAACGGCUACGCUCAAGACACUGUGUAACCAGCUCGUGCGGAAGCCGCUGGCCUUUGAUGUUCUGCUGUUGUUUGAGCGGCCCGCCGCUAUUCUUUAUCCACUCUGCCAGCUCCUCGAUGGCUGGCACUACGACGAGGACCAGGGCGAGUACCAGCCCAUCUACGAAGAGUUUGGCUCUGCGCUCUUCUUGCUGCUGGCGUUCGUCUACCGCUACAACCUGACUAUUGCCGACCUGGGCAUACAGUGGUCGCCCGAUUCCUUUGUGGCCCGUGUGCUCAGCACGGGUGCCCAGGGCCGCACUCUCGUGGAACUGUCCGAGCAGGAGCGCGAGAACUUGGGAAAUUGGAUCCGUGGCCUGUUCAAUACGGAUGCCGGCGGCCUCAGCGACGACCUUAUGUCCUCCUGCCCUCCGCACCAGUUUUACAUGCUCACACCGACCCUCUUCCAGCAGAUUGUUCAGGCCCUAAGCACGGGUGCCUUGCCCGAAGACGUGCUCAAGGGCGGCAUUGAGUAUCUAGUGGACACGUUCUUGCUCCCAUCUCUCGCCACCGCUCUCGUGUACUUGUCGGAUGCGCUCCGCGUCGACAAGCCGGCCGAGCAGAAGGCCAUUAUCCGCAUCCUUCAGCUGAUCCUGCAGCCAGCCUCCAUAUCAGACGAAGCUACACUCAUGCUUUCGGCGCUGCUCAACAUUGUUGCCAAACCGCUCGAGCAUGCCCUGCGGACCUACCAACGCCAGGACCCGCGCAGCCAGGACAUUGACCCCUUGCUCAAGGCGCUCAAACAGAACAUCCCCCAUUCGCGCCGCACAGCGGCGGCCGAGCACAAUGAGUUGCUCAACUGGGCGGGCACGAGUGGCACGAACAGCAGUGGCUCCAGCGACAGUGCUAACAGCAAUGCAAACAACGGCACCGCCAACAACGGACGUAGCAACUCCGGACAGGGCGGCACCAGCGGUGGCCUCUAUGCAGCCAUGCGCCAGACCGUCCAAGGCUUUGUGCAGUGGAGCUUGCACCCGGGUGUCAACAUUAUGCCCACAUCCUACACACAUCGCCAGUUCCUGGCUGGGCUGAGUCUGGUGGGCGCCUCGAGUGUGCUCCAGCUGAUCCUCGACGAAGUCCAGCGACAGACCGACGCCGGCAGCGGCAGCGUUGCAUACGACGUCGCGUGCGCCUUGAUAUGUGCGUCUGACGUCACCAACGAACCGUCGCCGGAUUCGCUAUAUGUGCUUGUCGACGGCGAAGCCAAGGCGCAGGCAUCCUCCAACAACAGCAACAACAGCAACAACAACAACAAUAACAGCGGCCCGGUCACAGCUGGAAGCACCGUGGCCAACACUGCCGCCGUGCAGCGCCGCAUUUCCCUGCGCCAGGCCCUCAUGUUCAAGGCCGAGGAGUGGAAGAAGAUCCAGAGCUCGCACGAUGCAGCUGGCGUUGCCAUGGCCGAGGCUGUCGUGCGGUUGUACCGCAAGGUCGAAGCUCAGAUGAUGCCCCCGCCGCCGCCACCGCCGCCACCGCCUGCGCAAACCGAAAUCACAGGUCUCGACGUAGACGAUCCGACUGUGGCUGCCGCGGCUGCUGCUGCCGCAGGACUUGAUGACACCACGAUGGACAGCAUGGUCGCUGCCGCCGCUGCCGCAGCAGCUGCCGGGGGCGAAUCUGGCGGCGACGCCAUGGUGCUCGACGGCGUCGGCCUGACGAGUCUGGAUGGUACCAAUGUUGGUGGUGCAGAAGGAAAUGCAGGUGCGGCCGGCCUUGGUACCUCAGGCGCGGAUGGCGGCGGUGGUGCUGGUGCCGGGUCGGCGGGUGAGUUAGGCGACCUCGGCGACCUCGGCGACCUUGGCAACCUGGAUGGGUUGGGUGAUUUGGGUGACCUGGGUGACCUUGGCAUGGGCGGCAGCGGCAGUGGGACCGGCGACGGUAAGGGUGGCUCUCUUGAUCUGGGCGAUCCGAGCAUGUUUGGCGACAUGGACCUGCUGAACUCGUGGAUUGACUACACGAACUAG